UGAAGGUUUAAGAAGCAGAAAUGAUCAGACAGAAAGAGAGCAUGGAAGAUUAUGUGAAGUACAUUGAAGAAUUAUUUCUUAGCAUUAAGACAAGUCAUAAAGAGUUCAUGAGGGAUUUGUAUCAUAAGAUUGACUUCCCAUUAAAAGAUCUUACAGCUCAUUAUUAUCAUUUAAAGGCCAGCAACAGUUCAUUGGAGAUAUUAGAAUCAUAUAUUUAUGAAUUAAAUGACUUUUGUAGACAGUUAAAGCAAAUAUCAGAGAAAGACUCAGAGUCAUUAUUAGGUGUAUUCAGUGAAAUGUCAUCACAAAGUACAAAGAUGAAUUAAAUCUCAUAUCACUUCUAAAUUAAAAUUAAAUGAUUAUUAUUAAUUGUAUAUGCACAUACAAAAGACUUUAAAUGAGAAUUUAAAAAAUUAA